CAGAAUUCCUAAUUUACUGCAAUGACUGCAUGACGCCAACAGCGCUCAGGCAUAGUUUCACCGUCAUCAUGACACUUGCGCAUGCACGAAGUGAACAGAAUCAUUACCAAGUCAAAGUUGGAUUUACAGAAGAAAUAUUCUCGCAUCCACUGAGGGGAGUUAAAAUUGAAGUAUACGUACAAAAAUGUAAGUUAUGUAUUACAUUGCACAUAUACUUUGGCAUGGUUGGUAAAUACUAGCUCUCUAGCUUUCCCUUUCGAUUACACUCUCCACAACCUUUGUUGCAUGCAACCUGUUUACAACUUGAGUCGUACUGUGUAAAUCUACGACAACGUAAACGAGUUGUGUGCUUGAUUUUACAAAGUAAACGUGUUGCAUGCGACAGAUUUAGGCAGUGUAGUGGAAAUCGUCAUUGUUGUCAACGCGCUUCUAACUUUGCAAUAUUGGAAGAAAUGUAUAUAUGGAUUCUUUUACCGCAUGAGAGCCUCUAGACUUAAUCUAGUGUGUUGAAGAAUGUCGUGUUCAUAUAAUAAUCAGUUCGAAAUAACUGUUUCAACAAAAGGAUUGAAAGAAAUUGUUUAGAUGUAUGACUAUAGAUAAUAUAUAUAUAUAUAUAUAUAUAUAUAUAUAUAUAUAUAUAUAUAUAUAUAUAUAUAUAUAUAUAUAUAUAUAUAUAUAUAUAUAUAUAUAUAUAAAUAUAUAUAUAUAUAUAUAUAUAUAAUAUAUAUUACAAGCAAGAGGUAUAGAUAUGCAAAUGAUAUUCGGCAACAAGAGAUGCUUCAGUUAUAACGAUGCCUUGCAUUUGAAUAAUCUUCCCCAUGACUCAUGAGGCAAAAAUUACUGAAUCCUUUUAAAAGCUCUUUCAAAUCGAUAUUAAAACAAAGAAUGAGUUGAAAUUUGCUCGUGUAUGAUCGUGCAUUAAAAAUCACCGUAUUUUCUUGUUCCCCCUUUCCUGAAAUUUUGUCUUAUUUUAUCUUUUUUCAUAAUCUUUGUUGGCGUUUUUGUGCUUCAGUGGCUAAGAAUUCUAACUAUUAAAACACAGCUUGAAGUGCAUUGUGUAUAUGAAAUUGCGCAUCAUUAAUUCUAUAUUUGACAUAAUUUUAAAGAUAAGCCUAAAACAUUUGAAGCUGAUCACGAAUGUGCGUAUUUUUGAACUUGCGAAUAAAGAUAUAAUAGAAUUAAUAAAUAGAUCUAGAUAUACCUAUUAUUUUUAUAUAUGGUAUUCAGUUCGAACUAAUGUACGUUUUUUUAUACGUUUCCCUCGACAACAGGAGGAAUCAAGGAAGCAAGUAAUUUUAUACGAAAUUUGUUUUAAUUUGAUGUUAAGAGGCUAGACUAUAUAGCAAUAGUUUUAAUUAUUAAAAAGACCAUGUUGUUAUUGAUUAUUGCAGUCAGAUAUAUUUCUUGUCUAUCAGUUCUAUCAAACGUCAAUUUGAGAUACAAAAUUGAAUUGUUGAAACUAGAGAAGUUUUUAUUGCAAAAAACAGUGCCCCAAAUUGUCUAAUGGCUUAAUGCACUUAAGAGUUAAGUUGAUAAUUAUUGUAUAUAUUUUUGAUAUAUAGUAAACAUUUCUUUUCAUAUGUUUUUAUUAAAAAUAAUUCAGCAUAACUUUUUAUGAAAUGAACCCGUAACUUUUGUCAUGCCAAGUGACUGAAAAUGCAAAUAACAUUCUUGCUUUUUCGCCACAAAGUCUCAUAAACAAUGGAAAGGAUUUCAAGUUUUUUUCUCAUGAAUCAUGGGCUAUGCACAGAGAAGCAGAACAUCCUUCUUCAACACAUGCGCGAAAAACAUUUUGGAUUUUGAUCAAUAAAUAUGGAAAUAAGCAUAACACGAAACCAGGUCAUGACCUGAGCCUCGUUUUCGUGUUAAAGAAUAAAGCUUAUUUCCACAUUUAUUGGUCAAAAUAAAGAAUUAUUUUUCAUGCAUGUGUUGAAGGAGGAUGUUCUACUUCUCUGUGCAUAGCCCAUGAGAAAAAAAAUUAAAAUCCUUUCCAUUUAUAAAGGUGGUCUAAGUUGAAAACAUUGUAGUUGUGAUGUAAUUAUCGAAAGGGUGUAUUUCAUAUACAUUUAAACAUAGCCUAUCGAAGGGAAGAUGGUUGUGAAACUCAUUAGAAUAACAAUAUAACUAAUUAUCUAUGUUGGUCAACGUUUAUUCAUAAAUCUGUUCCUUCACCGUCACGUGUGUAUUGUAUUCUUGACCAACUAACCAAUAGCAAUGUUUUAGGAAAGUCACCUAUCCGUGACUCGAACAAUAGGGAAACUGGAAAUUGCUAUUGGUGGAUUUGGUAAAAAUACAAUACACACGUGACGGUGAAACGACCAGAUUUAUGAAUAAACGUUGACUAACAUAGAUAAUGAGUUAUAUUGUUAUUCUAAUGAGUUUCACAGCCAGCUUCCCUUCGAUAGGCUAUGAUUUAAAUAAAUGCGAAAUGUGCAAACAAAUCAACCAUUCUUAUAGUCAGUCGGUAAGUAUAAUGCCAACAAUAAGAAAGUUUUAGAUUGAUAGGGAUAUUAACAACCACCUGAAAAAUACAAGGAGAACUUCGACGUUUCGAGCGGAUGCCUUUCCUGGCUUAGGUAUAGUUGUAUCCCUAUAAGCUAUAUCAAUCAGAAUCUACAGCUUUCUUAUAGCAAACAAACCUAUAAAAUUAUAAGUCUGUAAUUGUCAAAAGACUGGUAGUAUAGAAAUGAGUGUUCCAACUAUGUUUUUAACAAAAGGCAAUGCCAAUGAUUUUCAAUGUCACGUAUUUGCGAUGAAAAGUGUUCAAAACCUAAAAUCUUUUUGGCGUUCCUUCUCAAUUUAAAUACAAUUAUCAGACAUUGAAUAUUGAUGCUGUAAAAUUGACGCCAUAUUUAUACUGAGUAUGAAGAGACGACAGAUGGUUCUUGGUGACAAAAAAACAGUGUGGUGUAGUAUGUAUACUACAAGUGGUAUCGUAUGUACUACCAGUACUAGGGGUGUCGUACUUUUCCACCCCUUAGGACUGCAUUUCCUGCGUUUUCUGAAACAGAAUUUUUGGAUAUACAGUUCAGUUACUAGAAUAUCAAACCUCCAUUCUAACGAUUCAAUUUUUCUUCCAAUGUUUUGCUUAUAUUUUAGAUAAAAGGAACGUUGAAUAAAAGGGGGGAAGGGAAGCUGACAGGUGGUUGUUCAACGUGCCUUCCAAUGUCUCGCUGUUUAGGAAUGCUCGGACUUGUUGGAACAACCUUGCAACAAGUCUGAUAAUAUCAACACGGUCACAGGGCAUUUUUAACAUAUAGACUGGGGCCAUGCAACCCCCAUGUUGGCCUCCUCCCCCAGUUAACUAUCUUGGAACCCCCCCCCAAGCCAAAAUCAUAUUUUGAAAAGAUAUUGAGAAAAAUUUAAAAAUGAGGAAUAAUUUAGUUCAAGAGAGUGUAUUUGUUAUUCUACGAACUGGAGUCGAAUAUGAGCUGAUAGCCGAUGAGGCGCGUAGCGCCGAAUCGGCUAUCGCUCAUAUUCGACGAGAGUGAGUGGAAUAUCUGUUUUAUUAUAUAGACAAGGUCUGAAUUCACAGACUUUGCUUUUCGGGUAUUUUCAAUAUUUUUCUGUUUUGUUUAUCAGUUUGUAUCUUCGCUCUUUCGGCCGAUUAUUUUUUCAAAAAUAUAUUUUUUAACCAUUUAAAAUUUUAAAAAUUCAUUUGCUAACCUGUAAACAAUUUGUGGGAGUUUUUUCAUUGUUUUUAAUCCUGAAAGAGCUAUGAAAAGCGAACACUCUUGCCGUUUUCUCGUUCGCAAAACAUCGGAAAUUCAGGUUUAGCCGCCAUUUUGUUUUUCUCUACUAGCAGGAUAUGAGCUAAUAUCCUGGUAGUAGAAAACCAAUCAGAUUGCAGAAUACCUCAUAUCCAGACCUUGUGUAUAUAAUAAUAGCAGUUGUUCUCAUUUAGUUUAGUGUAUUUUCCAGUUUAAGCAAAACGUCGGUGGGAGGUCCCUUUUUGCCAAUGUCCCCCCCCCCCCUCGAAAAUCCUUGAAAAAUGCCCGUCAAGGUUGUCACAACUGUUAAAAAACUGUUCCAUAUUUGUUGACUACUUGGGACAAGCAGUGCGAGCACAACUUGUUGACAGAGUUGCUGCAAGAUGUGAGAUUUUUUGCAUGUGUAUAACAAAUUCCCAAAUUUCCGCCAUAGAACCAGCAAUUUAAGAUGUACAAUCAGGGAUCGGACCACGAGAAGAUUGACAUGAGCUCUGAAAUUGCUCCAACGACCCCACCUGGAUACCCCGCACUCCAACGACAGCCAAGUGAGGGUGCCUACCCCCCUCCAGGUGCCUACCCCUCAUUUCCCGUCCAGCAACAACCAACAAACACCGUGCACAACACGAAUACAACAGUUGUAAUACAACAGCAACCUGCAGCGGUGAUUGUCCAGGGACAACGAGGAUGGAGCACUGGAAUGUGUGCUUGUUUUGAUGAUUGUGGAGUUUGUAAGUCAGGGGGGAGAGGGAUUGGUCAAAGGGGGAAAUUGUCCACGAACUAUGAACUAUCAAAGGACCAAACAGAAUUGCGUUAUAGUAGCAGUGCCACGUCUGUUCUUCCUUCCCCAGUAAAAAUUUCCCUGCCCAUCUUGCAACCAUUCCACGUUACGUUUUCUCUUCCAGUGCUGAGGUGAAUUAAUGUUAGACAGAGUAAAAUUGUCUGGUGUUAGACAGAGAAAAAUAAUCUGGCAUUCGACAGGCGAAUUAUAGAGUACAGCAUAUUGAUUGGGGGCGUAAUGCGACUCAAUGGGUUAAUCACAUGAUACAGGUGGGAAAUUUGAAAUGUACAGAAACCUUUGUCAAGGAGAGAGCCUCAGAACCAUUGACACAGGGGGGGGGGCAAAAAAUUAAUUAUCUUAAUCGUAUCCAAAUGUAAGACUUGUAACUGCAUCAUCUGCUUCAUGAAGCUAAGUGCAACUUGCAACACCAACAACCUCAAUCUUCUACAUAAUGUCGUACUAGUUUCCAUAAGUUCGAUUUUGUUUUUUAGGUCUUCUUGGCUUGUGCUGCCCGUGCAUUCUUCUAUGCACCGUGAGUAGCAAUGCUGGCGAGUGUUGUUGUGUCGCAGCCUUGUGUCCAAUUGCCUUGAGAACCAAGAUCAGGACAAGACAUAACAUUGCGGUAAGUGAUGGCUCUUUCUCGUCUCUCGUACCCUCAGCUGUUUUGAAUUGCUAUGUGUUGAGUCAGACCGACAACGGCGUGGCACGCUAAAGCACCUGGGUAUAUUAAUAAGCUGGGUCCUCUAGGCAGAGCAGUUUAGAACUGAUAUAGCUAAGUAGUAUAACUAAAACUGGUUUAGGUUUCCACCUGUAGUCUGGUUACAUUUAGACCAGUAAGAGAGAUGGGUUGUACUACUGUAGUGCUCUAGGGAGAACGGUUUAGAUCCAGUAUAAAUAAUUAGUUAGUUAAUUAUUUCAUUGUUUAUUACGACAGGGAAGUAUUGUGGGUGACUAUUAUGCACUGCAAUGCUGUGGGAUCUGUGCAAUGUGUCAAAUGGCAAGAGAACUCAACAUCCAUGGAAUUUAACCAUCAAAUAUAAACGACAAACUGUUUAUCUUUUAAAACUUUUUGUAAUGGAACAUUAAGUAUUUUUUAGAAUCCAAAAUGGUAAUGUUGAUAAUUUGUUGUUCCCAUAUCAAAUGGUAAAACAAAAAUGGUAAAACAAAUAUAUAUGAUAAAACAAAUAUGUAUGUCGAAUUUAUUUGCCAGAGACUUGUUGUUUUGUUUUGUUUCUCUGUAUUCAAGCAACAUGACUUUUCAGAAGAUUUGCAGAACACCGUUUUGAAAUAUUUGUAUAAUGUUCUAAAACUGUUAAAAGCUUUUAUAAAUAAUAGAAUGUUUGUUUGUUACAUUGUAGCAUGGGACGUUUGUGACAUUUUGACUUUACAACAUUUUCAGACAGCCAUUUUUCCAGUUGAUUCUCCGCAAUGUAGAGGGCAGAGAUGUUGGCCAUCAAUUUUACACACGUAAAAACGCACAACUGUUGCAACAAAGCUACCGCAGACUUGUAGUAAUGUUGUUCCAACAAAAGUUCCAGGAUGUGUUCGCACUGCUUGUUUCCCAGCUUGUUGACAAGUUGUCAACGACUUGUUGAUAACUUGUUACAAGGUUGUUGAGCUCAACAGACUUGUUAAUUACAAGUUGUUUCAACAACUUGUGAUCGUCAUGCAAUUCAACAGUUUGUCAACAAGUUGUGAGUGACAACCUUGUAGCAAUUUGAUAAAAUAACAGCAUUGUUUAUUUGUUACAACUUGUUGACAAGCUUGCUACAAGCCUGUUUCGAACACAUCACUUGUUGACAAGUUGUGAGAUUUUUACAUGUGUACCCAUAGGCAGCCCACUAAACGGCUGAAUUUAAAUUAAAACUGCAGUGAAAUUAUAAAUUUAACGAAAAUAAUGACACAUUUAGCGAAAUAUAUUCAGUGUGAAAUGUAGCUUAUAUUAUUAAAAUCUCAACCCGAUUGCACUAUCGGCAAACUGACGUAUAGUUCUUAUAAAGUAUGCUAACCUUAGGUAUACUUUAUAAGAACUAUACGUCAGUUCGCCGAUAGUGCAAUCGGGUUGAGAUUUCAAUAACAUAAGCUACAUUUCGCAAUAUAUUUCGCUAAAUUUGUGAUUAUUUUCGUUAAAUUUAUAAUUUCACUGCAGUUUUAAUUUAAAUUCAGCCGUUUAGUGGGCUGUCUAUGGUGUACCCGCGCAAGCUACAAUCCUGGCAAAAAUUAUGUGGACACCUAACUUUUCUAACGCCAAUAUUAACAUUGAGACGUUCUUUCGUGAAAUUUGUCGCCCCCUACUCCCUAUUCAAUGUUGUUUCGCGCAUUUAAGUUUCAUUUACCAACAUUGAAUUGGGGGAAGGAGAGGGAGAAAUUUUCUGGGGAUUAAUAGACAACUUGCGUGUUAGACUAAUUUUUGAUUUAGGC